CAACACAAAGCAACACAUAAACACAAAACAACCAUGGACUGGUUUUCAUGGCUAUCAAAAACUCACCUUGACCCUCCAUUCAUCCAUGAAUAUGCAGUGGCUUUCUCCCACAAUCAACUCGAAGAAGACGACAUUUCGUAUUUCAACCAUGAGUUCCUUCAAAGCAUGGGCAUCUCCAUAGCUAAACACAGGCUAGAGAUUCUCAAGCUCGCUAAAAAGUCAUCGGGUUUGCACCCGAUGGCUCGGUUAAUCGCAACCGUCAAGAAAACCAAGAGAGCAUUGGCUCAACAUGUUCACACUUGGCUGCACCGGAAUGAUUCGGCCUUGGUUUUGGUCAAGAAAAGGAGUUAUAGUUCUAGAUGGAAAGGGGCCUUGGUGAAGAGAAGUAACAGGUUGGUGAUGAGCAAACAAGGGUCUGGGACUCUUUUGAUCAGCAACGGGUACCGGCCGGUGGUUAGAGCCGGUAGUGCUAAGGUGAAUAGCUUUUCGGGUUCGUUGGUUUAUGAUCACCGGCUUGAUGAAAGUAAGGAAGAUGAUGGCAAGUAUAGAGAUAAUGUGUAUAGUGAUGAUGAAGUCUACGGCGGUUAUGGUGGCAGUGAUGGUGGUGAUGAAUAUUGGGCUGGUUGUGGUGGUGUUGAUCAAGAGAUCAAAUGGGAUGCCAUGUUCCAGAAUUUAAAGCCCACUUAAAAGGUGUUACUUGUUAGGCAUAAGCAUUAUUAUUACAUAGUAAAACUUUUUAUCUACUUUUAAUACAUGAUCAUAUUUUUUUGAUACAUGAUAUAGUUUGGACUUUUGAGUGUGUGUAACUUUAGAUUAAGAUAGCUUUAUUUUGAUUAUUAUUAUUGCUAUUGUUAUUGUUGUUAUCAUCGAGGGUGUAAUUAUCAGAUUUGAAUGAUUAAUUACAAAUUGUUUAUUCAUAUUAUUAAUUAUGUUGUA